ACUACUUUACACACAGUUUGGAAAUUUGGUCCAGUGGGUCUUAAAGUAGGGGUUGACCCCUCCAAAGGGUCACAAGUAAAAUCUGAGAGGACAAAAAAAACAAAGCUCUGCUAUACACAUUUGCUUUUUUGGAUAAUUCAACAUCUUUGGGCCUCAAACAGUAAGUUAAAUGGAAUGGAAAUCUCAGAGGGUCGGGAACUACUGGUUUAACCUUUAAUAUUGUAUUACAUUUUAUAACCUUAUCAUAUGUUUUAUAUGUAAAAUAUUAAUCUGAAAAAUUAUUAUUCCCUUUUUGCUGUCAGAUAAAUGUUGUGCAAUAAAAGCAUAAUAUUCUCGCCUGAAAUGUAAAAGUAUAAAAGUAGCAUAAAAUGGAAAAUACUCAAGUUAAGUUCCUCAAAAUUACACUUAAAUACAGUACCUGAAUAAAUGUACUGUACCUAAACGCCACAGGGGUCAUUGGAAAAGAAAAGGGUGAGUACAGUGUUAUCAUAACCGACAGGAACGAUUCUCAAAAACAAGGACCAGGUUAUAAAAAAGGUUCAAACUGGGAAUUAUACAAUCUCAAACAUCUAGAAAAAAGCCAAUAUAUGUAAGUGUGCGUGUUUGUGUGUGUGUGUGUGUGUGUGUGUUUGCCAGAAUGGAGGGUCAGUCGAGGUCCUCUCAUAAGUACCUGCUGCUGCAGGUGUGGUGUGGUCUCCUCACUGUGGCCAUGGUGGUUAUGGCUGCAUUUCUCACUUCAGUCAAACCAAAGUCAGCUGAGGACGGAGUCCCAACGCUGAAGCCAGACAAUAUCAGUUCAACAAUCAACCCUUCUCUGGCUCCUAUGAAGUUAGUAGGAUCUUCUCUCUCAUACAUCCAGCUAAUCAAGUCUCUGGACAAGAGCUCUUGGGAAGUAUCACCUGGGUGUCACUCCUGCUUCCUGUCCCUGCGUAACGACUCCAUCCACUGCAUGAAAAGCAGCCUCUACUUCAUCUACGCCCAGGUCACCUUCGCCAAUCUCCCAAGUAAAACACAGACCAGAUCGGUGAUCUUGAAAAGAAACCCCAGGGCUGGUAAAAGGAUGAAGAAACUGGUUGAGGGGACCUUCCCAAACACAAGUGAAGUCUCUGUGUGGGUGGCCAAGAUUGUCAAGCUCAACGAGGGAGACAGUAUCAGCUUAGAUCUCACAGAUGAAGUUCUAAACGACAACACAUUCUGGGGCGCCUAUCAGCUCCAUUAGCGCUGCAGGUCUUUGGAUUUGUUACUAUACAAGUGAGAAUCAUUUUUGAUUGGACUGGUAUGUUGUUAGUGCAGCUAUACGUUUCAACAAAUGCUGCUCAUCACCUGUAUUUGUUUUGUUUUUUUUAGUAUUUUGGACCAGAUAUUUAACAAAAAUUUAAAUCAUACAGAUUCUGUGAUGAUCAACAAUUACUGAAUCUUACUUUUGCAUUGUAGUAAAACCUUUAAAUCAUCGUUGUGGCCAAUGUGGAACACUAAAAUGCUUUUGGAUUUUGGACAAACAUAUCUUAGCAAAGUCACAUACUGUAUCAGACCAGCCUUACAGUUUUCUACCUGCUGGAGUGAAACUGUGUGCCGUUUGGUGGUUUUUAUUCUAACUGCAUUUAAAUGAAUGUAAACUGAAAGUCGGGGGCAUGAAUGUGUUUUCUCACCGCUCUGCUUGUUUAACUUAUGAAAUGUGAUAUUAUAUUGGGAUGGUUUGAUUUCUGAGGGGGAAGUAAAAAAAGAAAAAAAGUACUCAAUUCUUUGACUUGUUAUUUGCAGUGUGAUCCACCCGCUGACCACACG